GUUCUCUGUAACCCUUUCAGAGGAAUGGGACAUGCUGGAUGUUGAUGAGGAUUGAGAGGUUAACUGGGGAGGGGAGUUUGAGCUGCUGGCGGGACCGUUGGGUCUGAGUGAGCGCCGGGUCGUCCCGGAGCCGUCCAGUUCCCCGACAGUGACCCCCUGGGGGCGUCCGUAGCCAUGGUGACCGCCACCAACAGCAUGGAGGAGACUCUGCUGCAGAUAGGCUGCCAGGGCGCGGUGGAGAACAGCUCCUCAGCCAGGGGGACUCUGGGUGAGCAGCAGCAGCUCUGGACAACCCCCAUGACAGGGUCAUGGCUCUGAGGAGAGUGACCUCUGCAGCGCAGGUUCUCCUGGCCAGGACCAUGGUGAUGAGAGCCCUGUCUCUACUCUCUGUCAGUGGUUCUAGCUGCAGCCUGGCAGCAGGGUUGGAGUCUCUUGGUCUGACAGACAUCAGGACCCUAGUCAGACUGAUGUGUCUGGCUGCAGCAGGGCGAGCCGGCCUCUCCACCAGCCCUACAGCUGAUCAGGGGCCUCAGAGCGGCCCGCGGGGCCACCAAGCCAGUAAACCUAUCUCCUGUCUGGCCUAUCUCAGUACGGCUGUGGGUUGUCUGGCCUCCAACAGCCCCAACGCUGCAGCUGCUGGUCCAUGA